AUAUCGUUCGUUACUAAAUCGUACGUAUGUUGACGAUAAUGAAUAUUUGCGAUGGUGUCCUGCUCCUAGUUGUGAAUAUGCUAUUGAAUGUCAUGUUCUACCCACUUCACUCAUAAGCAUCGUCCCAACAGUUGAAUGUGCUUGUACACAUCGCUUCUGCUUUGGCUGUGGUCAUCCAGAUCAUCAACCUUCCAUUUGCGCUCUUGUAAGGAAAUGGAUUAAAAAAUGUGAAGAUGAUUCCGAGACAGCUAAUUGGAUUUCUGCUCAUACAAAGGAAUGUGGGAAAUGUCAUUCAACUAUUGAAAAGAAUGGUGGAUGCAACCAUAUGACCUGUCGUAAAUGCAAAUAUGAAUUUUGCUGGGUCUGUAUGGGUCCUUGGUCAGAGCAUGGUACUAGCUGGUACAAUUGUAAUCGUUAUGAUGAAAAGACUAGCAUAGACGCAAGAGAUCAACAAGCAAAGUCUCGUGCUUCUUUGGAACGAUACUUACAUUAUUAUAAUCGAUUUGCAAAUCACGAACAAUCGGCAAAGUUGGACCGUGAAUUGUACAACAAGACUGAGAAAAAGAUGGAAGAGAUGCAACAAACUUCUGAUUUAUCUUGGAUUGAGGUUCAAUUCCUUAAAAAGGCUGUUGAUAUCCUCGUUCAAUGCCGUAUGACGCUCAAAUGGACUUAUGCUUUUGCCUUUUACCUUGCUCGUAACAAUCAAACUGAAAUCUUUGAAGAUAAUCAGCGUGAUCUUGAAAUGGCAGUCGAACAGCUUUCAGAGUUGUUGGAAAAACCUAUCGAGGCCGACAAAAUUGCUGAACUGAAACAACAAGUAUUGGAUAAAACUGUUUAUGUCGGAAGUCGAAGAGAGGUAUUAUUAGAAGAUACCGCCAAAGGAUUGCUUGAAUCCCGUUGGGAAUUUCAAGUAGAUAUUAAAAGUUAA